AGUGCGCAGAUAUAAACGAGUGCCUCGUGGAAAACGGUGGAUGCCAACAGGAGUGUCAAAAUACCAACGGAUCGUUCACAUGUGACUGCUUUGCCGGAUAUGCUCUGCUGCCAGGAGGAAUGGCAUGUGGAGACGUUAAUGAGUGCGAAGUGGACAAUGGCGGGUGCGCACAAACGUGUGACAACAGCGUCGGUUUCUAUAACUGUACUUGUCAAGACGGCUUUAUACUGGAUACUAACGAAAUGGAUUGUACCGAUAUUGAUGAGUGCGUUGAAGAUGGAGGACAUUGCCAACACGAGUGUGUGAAUAUCCCAGGGUCCUUUGCGUGCGCGUGCCCAGCUGGCUUCACGGUAGGCAUCGAUGGAGCUUCGUGCAAAGAUGUGGACGAAUGUUUCGUGAGCAAUGGUGGAUGUGACCAGGACUGUGAAAACAAUAACGGUUCCUUCGUUUGUUAUUGCCAGCAAGGAUAUGGUCUAGGGGCAGACGGCAGGAGCUGCGAAGACACUGAUGAAUGCUCAUUGAGCAGUGACAAAUGCAGUGACCUGUGUAUAAAUGACCCCGGGACAUACCAUUGCAGCUGUUCUGUUGGCUAUACAUUGAUGACAGAUGGUGUUUCCUGCCAAGACAUUGACGAAUGCACAGAGUCAAACGGUGGCUGCGAGGGAUUAUGCAAUAACACUGCUGGCUCGUGGGAAUGUUCAUGCGCGGAUGGAUUUCUGUUGGCUGCAGAUGGUUUGUCGUGUCAAGAUGCCUCAAAAUGCCCAUUCAAUGGUAAUAUCAACUGCUGGCCACUGUGUACUGAAUUGGAUGACAGCAGCUGUGAGUGUCCGGAUGACACUGUCAUUCAUACCGACGGCAGUCACUGCAUAGACCCCUGCUAUUCCAGUCCAUGUUUCAAUGGCGGCCAAUGUCAUGUGACAAACACGAGUUUCCAGUGCGACUGCAAUGGGACUGGUUAUACUGGGGAAUUCUGUCACCAAGGAGUGGUCAGCUUCCCAAAAGUUGUUGCGGCAUAUGUCAAUGAUAUGUCUGAAAUAUACGUAUUCCACGCAAGCCCAAAACGCCAGCUUGUGUUGCGUGCCGAAACUGAUGACGACACACAGUUGUUUCCAAACCCUUUGGUCAUUAUGCAUCCGGCGACGUCAGCAUCAUUUCAAGUCCGAUCAAAGACAAGAGGACUUCAUCUCGUUAAAUGGAAGGCAGAAGGACCCGACUCUCAGCAGUACAAUGAAAUUCCAUCUCUCAAAGUUGUCAUUGAGGACGUUUUUACUCGGCUAGACCUGGCCGGCGAUGUCCUACCCAGAGGAUGCUAUCAAGCGAACAUACCCUUUGGUAAACAGAAAAUCAGCUUGUCUUCAACGCAUCCGUGGUAUAGGAUGAGCUCAAAGGGGCAUUUCACAGGAGGUGUAGUGUUUUUGAAAGUCAAUAACUAUUCAUUGCCGGUUUCAGACUCUGGUCUUGAAGCAAUCGUGAUCUCAGAGAAAAUGCUGUUUGGACCGGCAAAUUCCAGGAGACAAUUUCAGAAUGGGGCGCUCAUGGGCAAGACCGAUCCUUUAUCUUGUCGUGAGGUAUCUCUCUCUGUGCAGGACCACAAAGACUUCGUUCAGAGAGGAAGCCUGUUUAAAACAUUCGCCGCUGAACUCGAAAACAUUUUGCCACGAUGGUUAUCAGUUUCAGCCAAGACUCCUCAAACGCUGUUUAAAUCGUUGAUAGUUUCAGGAAGAGACGUUCAGCGAAUACCUAGCUGUCACGGGGCACCUGUUUUUGAGAGCAGAAAUUACUUUGUGAUUAGAAUAAGCGGAGAGCUCAUCCUGACAAUAGCUGGAGAGAGUGUCGACGUCUCCAGCUCUUCUGAUUCCUCUUGGGAGUUCUGCUUUAUACUAGGUAUUGAAAGUGACUGGACCUUUAUACUGAUGUUGCCAGAGCAAGCUUCCGCAGCUCUUCAGAACACGUCCGUUUUCCGCAUCUUCAACAACUACAAUAUUCAGCCUCUCGGGAUUGGUGUUUCUCCCAGUAAACUAAUAAAUGUAAAACAAAAGUUUCCUAGCUUGACGUUUUGGAAUGGUGACGAACUCUUUAACUAUGGAGUGGAAACGACAGCUUCAGUGUGGUUGGGAUUGCGACAAGAACAGGGAAUAAUUGGUAACAUCAUGCUGUCAGCACAGGAUAUCGAAAAGACAUUCACUCACCUGUUUUCGGACUCUUGGACGGCCAUAGUACAGUUUGAUAAAUCGUUUCGAAAUACAUUUAGCAUCCGUGUUCUUGGGGACCCUGUUCCAAUUGAGUUCACCUUUAUUGUAAAAUCUGAUGUGAAGGCAAGCGCACUGUUGUCAUUUGGUGGGGAGGGAAGAACUUACUGUGGAGCAGACGCCCGACCUCCAGGAAUUUUUGCGAAAGUCAGCGUUAAGGGGAACUUUUUCAUUUUCCCACCAUUAGUUACUGCCUUUGAUAUCAGUGGUGAAGCGUAUCUUACAUUGGUUUUAGAUGCUUCAUAUGUAAAGAAAUUUAUUACGUUGAUUGAAAAACAUUCGCAAAUAUUAAGUGGAUACAAGUCAGACGUAGAUAAUCUCACAGACUCAAACCUCAGCAAAGAAGUUAAUAACCUAAUAACCCGUCUACAAUCUAUCACAGAAGGAGCCGUCAAAUUUUUCGCAGACACAGUAACGAAGGCCGCAGAGUUUCUGCUCAGGCUACAGUUGGGCUUGUUUGACCUGAAACACGCCGUGAACUAUCUCACCGAGAAAUUAUCACUAGACGUUAUCGCUUCUCCAGAACUUUUACCCCUACUCCCAGUCAAAUACUUAUUGUCCCGAAUCAAGGAAACCGUUCAUGACCUGCAAGUGGAGGCUUCCAAGGUGUUUCAAUCAGCCCUGGGUAUAUUUGAAAGUUUCGGUUUCAAAGGUCACUUUUCCAUUUCCAUUCUUGGAAGGACGUAUACUGUAGGCGGUGAAUUAGUAUGGGCAAGUAAUCAUCUUAAGAGAUGUGACCAGUUCCUGGACAUUUAUGAAGAGUUAGAUGGUGAGGAAGCAUUUCGGAUGUUAGCCUAUGUUGAAGCGGGAGUUACUUUAAAUGAGGUAAGUAAUUUAUGGAAUUUCUUGACGAUAUCUGUCGGACAAAAAAUAGGCUUCAUUGGCGCACAGAACAGUAAGAAAUUUGCAUUUCAGAUUGGGGCGAAAGCCAAUGUGUUAGGCAUCAAAGCUGAUGCUGACGUGUUUAUCAAGCACAACGGUUUAAGUUUCCUGAUAGAAGCGGACGUAUGGAAUAUGUUUACUGCUAGAAUAGCAGCAUCUGCAAAUGUCUUAGUCCCUCUUUCGAAACAAAAGCUUAUUUUGAAGGGGUCAUUUCUAGCGGGCUCGAAAUCAUUUGAAGGCAGCUUUGGGGACGCCGUCAGAAAACAAACAGAAUCGUUUGCAGACAAUGCAAAUAAAAGGCUUGAACGGGUGCAAAAAGAAUUACAGUCUUCAAAACAAGCAGUGACGGGCGCACAAGAUUGGCUGGAGGAAAAGAAACGGGUCUUUGAUGAUGCUCGACGUGCCUUUGAAUAUGUCGUUAAACGUCUUGAUCAGGCCAAACAGACACUGGAAGCCGCAAAGGGGCCGUUUAAGUCAGCGGAAAAAGCAGUGAUAGACGCAAAGAAGAAAAUCGAUUCUCUGUGCAAGAUUGAAAGAUGCUCGUCCCUUUGCAUACCUGGAAUUGCAUUAGAAUCAUGCAGUCUGGAUUGGGGUUUUUUCGAAAUUCCUUGGAUUUGCGUGAGAACCGUAGGUUGCAUGUUCUCAGUUCCCGAUUUGGCAUGUGUAGCCCGAAACAUAGCAUGUGGUGUGGUCAGAGGCCUUGCCUAUGCAGCCCUUACAGUUGCCGAAGCGGCUGUGCGUAUUCCUCUGUAUGCGUUAGAUUUGGCCAAAGCGGCUGUUUCUCUGGCACAGAUAGCCGUAGACAAAUCUCAAGUCAUAGUGGAUGUGGCUAAAGGUGCUGUGGAUCUAGCUAGUUUUGGCUUGGAAUUGGUGAAGGUAUCUCUUGAUGCGGCUAUUGUUGCAGUGGAAGUGGUCAAAGAGGCCGUUAAGAUUGGCGCACAGAUUGUUGAUUUUUAUUCUCAAAAUAGGUUUCGAUUACAUAAUUGACGUAAGAUCUUGCGGGUUUGAACUGGAAUUAUCGACUAGAGAUCUCUUCGAGUUUGACAUAUUUUGUGAAAUCAAUCCAUUUACCCUAGGUUGGAGGAAUGUAGGUUUUAAGGUGAACUUUAACAAUAUUGACA